CAAUUAAUAAUUCAUUAUCAGUUAUUACACUUCAUAAUUUAAGUCUAUUUACUGAAAAAUAGGUGCGUCGACAAUUAUUAUCAGUGUAUGAAUUAGUCAAAACUAAUGAAAGGAAAAAUGCGAGAGCAAUAGACGUUACGAAAGUAACCUAGAUAAAGAGAUAUUUACACUAUGUGUUCAAUGGUUCAGUCAAGAGAUAAUACGAAUGAAUGACAACAACGGCUAGUGUAAAGAACUUAGACAUAUGAUAGGGCUGGAGUGAAGCUGGAGAGGAGGAGAGAUCACCAACAUUAAACAUGUUUUCGACAGAUUAUAACAUCAGAGAAUGCAUCAACAAAUCUGUGUUUAUGGUGACAGUGUUCCUGCUAGCAACAGCCGCUAGAGGAGAAUGGCUGCUGAUGAUCGUCUAUUUAUUUAAAGAACAAUUUAUCGGAACCUCGUUAACUAAAACUGCAUCUUUUGAGAACAGAACGACGGAAGUGACAUCAGAGUCGUUUUUAGAAAGAUGGCGGCUACAGAAUUUGCACUUAAUGUUGACGAUGUCAAUAGUGGUGUCGUUUAUCAUGUUUUGGGGAAUUGGCGGCGUUUUUCAGUACUAUUUUUAUUAUAAGCGACGAAAUCAAGCAGCUGUCUGGAAAUGUCAACCGGACAAAUUUUUGACACCAGAAAACGAAAAACAUGAAUUCCUCCUCGGUUCAGCUAAUAUGUUACUUGGAGCUACGGUAUCUGGCUUUAUCGCUUGCUAUAUAGUUAAUGGAGGGUACACCACUUUAUAUUACAACGUAUCAGACCGAGGAUGGUUUUACACCCUAGCGUCAAUUCCAGCAUUUUACAUGUAUAUAGACUGUUUAGCGUACUACUUCCACCGAUUGACACAUACAAAGUGGUUGUACGUCAAUAUACACAAAGUCCAUCACCGAUAUCACCAGCCCACAGCCUUCAGUACUGUAGCAAUGCAUCCUGCUGAGUUUUUGUUGCAUCAGAGUUAUCUUAUCAUUGUUCCAUUUUACUUUCCUAUCCACGCAGCUGUGUAUAUACCAACUAUAUUAUACGUAUAUUAUUAUGGUAUGAUGGAUCAUUCCGGCAUAAAUAUGAGUGCAAUUUGGCCAUGGCAACCACCUUCCAUCUUCCAUGACAACCAUCACAAGUAUUUCCAUGUCAACUUUGGUUUUAAUUCCUACUUGUUUGAUUGGCUGCACGAUACCCUCAGGACAGAAGACCGCGUGUAUGGAGAAGACAUUUUUGGUGGAAAGGGACAGCAACCUUUAUCUACAAAGAAGUCAUCAUGAUAAACUGCUAAGAUAUUUAAUUCAUUUCACUUAUCAUUAGUUUAAUUUUCAGUCUACUUAAACGAUACUUCAUAUUUAUAUUACGUCGGUUUUUUUUACUUUCUGUUAUAUCAUUUAAUAUAAUGCAUAGUUGUCAACUGUUCAUAUAUUGGUCGGAAAUCCCAAAAGAAAAAAGAAAAAAAUACAUAUCUCAAUGGAAAACACUCCUGACCUAAAACCAAAAAUUUUAAUAGAAACUGUUUUUUUUUCCUAAUUUUUUAUAGCUAUAUUUCAUUUUAAAGUAAUUUUCAUUUUUAUUUAUGAGGAAAUCCAACAACAUUAAAAAAAUGGAGACUCUCUUUAGUAAUAAAGGGAUAGAUUGAGAAAUGUGUAAUUCAUUUGGUUUCCCAAUUAGAUAUAUCUAUUAAAAAAAUAUAUGCAAAAAUAACAUUUUAUGAUGACA